UUGCUGUCAAUGACAAGCUAGCUGGUUUGGAUGUUGUCAUUGUGCACGUUGGCACUAAUAACACUGUUGACAGUGUCAGCGUGUGCAAGGACAAGUAUCGCCAGCUCACUCAGGGGAUCAUUGAAAGAAAUCCUAUGGUGCAUGUAGCUUUUUCUGACAUUCUUCCUCGGGGGCAGAAUCAGUACAGCUCAUGGGAAGCUCAGUCCUCUUGGUUGCAUGACUUGAAUGAUAACUACAUAAAGAUUAACACUGCCCUGAUGCAGUACUGCCACGAAUGCGGCUACCCAUUCCUGGGUGGUCUCGUUGACAACUGGCCCAGUUACCUGAGCAGAGAUGAUGUCCACCAGAGCGGCUUUGGUAACAAGGUGCUGGCAGACUUCCUGUACCAGGGGGCCUGCACCCUGUCCAUCCAUCUGGAGAGAAGCCGCAUCCAGCAGUCCUACAAGGAGACCCAGGCACCUUCAUGGACCAGUUGGACUCGGCAGGACAGCAUCCCUGCCAUCUCCGAGGCUGACUUUCCCCCGCUUGAACUGGCACUCCUGUAAAGAAAUGUGGGUACAUGCAUAUCGGCAGAAACUUCCUACAUUUGGUAAUAACACGAAUAAUCGCAUUGAGUGUCACAAUCAAAAGAUUAAAAGUUAUCUCACUUCAAGCAUGCAUUUGGUUCAAGCCAUAGAAGCAUUAGUAAGUUAUAUCGAGAAGGAUUCCUUAUCUCUAAAAUUUUCCAAGUUUAAGGAAAUGAAGCUGAACCAAAAUGUAAAUGAUGUCAGUGAGCCAUUUCACUAGACUUGGCCCGUAAUUGCACUUCUGAGGCCACAAGUAAAGUAGUUGAGCAGUAUGAACGGUUUAAAGAAGUAGGUUAUCUGGUUACUUCCAUUGCUA